ACAAAAUCACAAAUGUUCAUUCACACAAAAUCUCCAAAAUUUCAUUAGAGAAAAAAAAAGACCUAAUAAGAAACACACACGAAAAUGCCCCAUACACAAACACAUUUCUCAAAACCCUAAUUUCUUUCUUAUUUCCUUCAACACCCACCAAACGCUCUCUCAAUUUAAUUUCUUCCCAAUCCUCAUACUUUCCUUUUUUCUUCGAUUUCUCUUCAAAAGUUUCCACUUUUCUUCACUCAGCUACUUGAUUCAAUUCACGCUCUUUAAUUCUUCUCAUCUCAAAUUUCAACUUUUUAAUAUUUGAGAUCAGUGUUUGAUUUUAAUUCAAUUGAUCUAAUUUCAAGUUGUAAUUUUUUGUUUGCUCGCAAAAAUUCAAAAUUUGAGGGUUAAAAGGUCUUGUAGCUGAAGAAGGUCUUUAAUUGAUCUUCUAUUUUUCAAGGUGAUUUUGUGGGGGGUGUGAUUAGUUAUCUUCUGAUGUUUUAUUUCCAAUCACUUUUUCAAUCAUCUUUUUCCUAUUCAAUUUCCCAUAUUUUUCUCCCUUCUGAUGUUUUCUUCAUAUGCUGCUUCAAUUGCCUAAGAUUUCGUCUCAAAAUUUGAUUCUUUAUCCCAAAGGGUUGUUCCUAGUUGCAACUUCUUUGAAUCACGUUUUGUUUUCUCUGGUGAAAAAGUGAUUUCAACUUUCUCAAACAUGGUAGACCGUUAUAGACCUGUUUCAAUUGAGGAAUUACCUUCACAUUUGAUUUUGGAGAUUCUGUGCUCAGGGAAGCUAAGUGCAAUAGACCUUGUUUGUUUGGAGUUUACUUCAAAAACUUUUGGUGCUAGUAAUCAUGGCUUUUACCCUUUCAAGUUUAAGUCAUUGAUAGACUUUGCUGCAUUUCAAUUGUGUGCUUCGAAUGCCACAUAUUCCAUGAUGGGUUUGAAUUCUCAGAGAGAGUUGUAUGAUCGAUGUGGCGGAAAUUGGAAGCGAGUUUUGAGGUUCUUGCAGUCUGUUGAACAAUCCUCUGACAUGGUUGAUACAUCAUCAGGCAAUAUGCAAAUUACAACAGGAAAGUAUCACACAUUGGCGAUCAGCAACUCCUCGGUCUAUUCUUGUGGUUCUAGUUUGUGUGGUGUACUUGGUCAAGGGCCUGAAACAACACAGCGUACAUCCUUUACCCGGAUUGAUUUCCCACCUUUGGCGCACGUGGUGCAUGUUUCAGCCUCCUAUAACCAUGCAGCUUUUGUUAUGCAAUCUGGAGAGGUAUUCACAUGUGGAGAUAAUUCAUCUUCGUGCUGUGGUCAUAGAGAUACAAGUCGACCAAUUUUCAGGCCACGUCUUGUUGAAUCCUUGAAGGGGAUUCCUUGCAAGCAGGUUGCAGCUGGGCUAAACUUCACAGUCUUCCUCACUAGACAAGGUCAUGUUUACACGUGCGGAGCCAACUCACAUGGCCAACUUGGUCACGGCGACACUCAGGACAGACCGACCCCCAAAAUGAUUGAAAUCCUCGGUGAUGUAGGCCCUGUUGUUCAGGUUGCCGCUGGACCAAACUUUAUCUUAUCUGUAACACAAGAUGGAGGAGUAUACUCCUUUGGAUCAGGUUCUAAUUUCUGUCUCGGCCAUGGUGAGCAACACGAUGAACUUCUGCCACGUUCCAUACAAAAAUUUAGAAGGAAAAAUAUUCAUGUUGUCCGUGUAUCUUCUGGGGACGAGCAUGCAGUUGCACUUGAUUCAAAUGGAUUUGUAUAUACAUGGGGCAAGGGAUAUUGUGGUGCUUUAGGUCAUGGAGAUGAGAUUGAGAAGACAACACCAGAGAUAUUGUCUAGUCUCAAGAAUCACUUGGCUGUUCAGGUGUGUGCAAGAAAGAGAAAAACCUUUGUUCUAGUUGAUUCAGGUUUGGUCUAUGGUUUUGGCUCAAUGGGAUUUGGCAGCCUAGGAUUUUUGGACAGAAGGGUAUCUGAUAAAGUCUUGAAGCCUAGAAUCUUAAACACAUUAAGAUCUCACCAUGUUUCUCAAAUUAGCACUGGCCUAUACCACACUGUUGUAGUCACUAACCGUGGACAAAUAUUUGGCUUUGGAGACAAUGAAAGAGCUCAACUUGGUCAUGACACAUUAAGAGAAUGCCUUGAACCUACAGAAAUUUUCAUACAAAAUAAUAAUACAACUGAAGAUGUUGACCCUAUGUUAUAAAGCACCAUCUAAUGACAGACACAUCAAAAGCAAUCACAUAAUCUUUAUAUGAUUUUACCUGACUUUUCUAGUGUGAUUAAUUUCUAAUGUAUAAGUUUAAUGUUUUAUAUUAUAUUUUAUAGUUGUGAACAAAUAAUGAUAAUGAUAUUAACACGCAUGAUUGUGAAUGUAACCAUUUUUCAAUAA